AUGCCACAGCGCGAGCAAGUCCCUACGAAAUGGACCACUACCAGUAAGCACGAAGCUCACGUCUCGCUGGAAGCAGGGUACACACAUGGCUGGGCUCACUUCACAUUCGAGGCCGUACGAGAAGGGAUUUUCAGGACACAAUUCUGGUCGUCUAAGCACCCACUACCACCAUACCCCAAUGUCGAACAUCUCUCGUCGUCAGUUGAGCCAGAGUUCGAUGCGGUUGACAACUGUACCAAGAUCACCGUCAAAGAUGUCGAAGCCACAAUUAACUUCGCGGGCGCACCCGUGGUCUCACUGCGAUUCAAGGACCAAGCCAAUUCUAUACACGCCGACGUUCCGGACAGGUCCUAUGUAAUUGACGGCGAGGGAUGUGCGCAUUACAUGGUACAUGAUCGGAAGGCGCUGCACGUGGGUCUGGGAGAGAAGGCGGCACCCAUGGAUCUAACAGCUCGACCUUUCAUCCUGUCUGCAACCGACUGUUUCGGCUAUGAUGCGCAUAGAACGGAUCCCAUGUACAAGCAUAUCCCACUGCUGAUCAAAGCUACGCCACAAGGGGUGGUCGGCGUGUUCUCGACAUCUCAUGCACGAGGCUUUUGGUCUGUCGGCUCCGAGAUCGACGGUCUGUGGGGCCACUUCAAGGUGUACCGUCAGGACUACGGUGGCUUGGCAGAGUACUUGCUGAUCGGUCGGACACUUCGAGACGUGAUGCGACUCUACGGUCAAGUCGUUGGCUUCCCGCUGCUCUCGCCACGAUGGGCUUUCGGCUACAUCUCGGGAGGUUACAAGUACUGCGCUAAAGAUGACCCGCCAUCACACGUUGUGCUCGAUGAGUUUGCACGGAAGCUUGUGGAACACGACAUACCAUGUUCAGCGCAUCAGAUGUCGUCAGGCUACUCGAUAGCUGACACCGAGCCAAAAGUGCGUAACGUGUUCACGUGGAACAAGCAUCGCUUUCCUGAUCCUGAAGGGUUCUUGUCGCGUUUUCACAAGCAAGGUAUUCGACUGCUCACGAACAUCAAGCCAUUCAUCUUGUCAUCACAUCCCGACUUCGAGUACCUGAAGUCCAAGAAUGCUCUUUUCAGCGACCCAUCGACAGGCAAGAUGGGUACCAUGAAAUUAUGGUCGGCGGGUGGAGGUGAAUCAGGCCUCGGCGGUCACAUUGACUUCACGAACAAAGCCGCCUUUGAUUGGUGGGUGAAAGGCGUGGCUAAUCUCAAGCGACAAGGGGUCGAUAGUAUGUGGAACGACAACAACGAGUACACACUGCCAGACGACGACUGGACCAUGAGCCUGGACAACCUCGAGCAUUUGCCCAGCCACGCCACCUCUGAGCCCAAGCCCAGCAAUCACAUCGGUCUCUACGGCCGCGCCCUCCACUGCGAGCUCAUGGCCAAAGCCUCCGCCCUCGGUCUCCAAUCGGUCGCUCCCAACGAACGUCCCUUCGUCCUCACCCGCAGCGGCACUCCCGGCACUUUCCGCUACGCAGCCUCGUCCUGGUCCGGCGACAACAUGACCUCCUGGGCCGCGAUGCGCGCUUCGGUCGCCAUUUCCCUGAAUGCCGGCCUUUCCGGCAUGCACAACUUCGGUCACGACAUCGGCGGCUUCGAAGGCCCGCAGCCCUCACCGGAAUUGUUGCUGCGGUGGAUCCAGCUUGGCAUCCACCAGCCGCGAUUUGCAAUCAACUGCUUCAAGACCAGCCCGCAGGACAAUCAGGCAGGCGAGGUCAUCGAGCCAUGGAUGUAUCCAGACAUCCUGCCUCAGGUGCGGGCGGCGAUCCAGCGGCGGUAUGAGCUUAUACCGUACCUCUAUUCGCUCAGCCUGGAGGGCCACCUGACUGGUGCACCAUCUGUCCGGUGGGUCGGCUGGGAUCACGAGGGUGACCCGGAGGUGUGGGCUAGCCAGAUCCUCAAGAAUGGCGAGGAGCAGUUCUGGCUGGGAGACACCUUGCUGGUCGGUUGUGCAACUGCACCAGGUCAGCAAGAAGCACGGAUGUACCUGCCACGCCGUACUGAUAGCCCAUUUGAUUAUGGGUAUAUCAACACUAAAUCUCCACCUGGCCCACAGCAGUACUUUGCGUCAGGUCAGUGGGUGACGAUCCCAGUGGGACCGUGGCGCACAACCUCCAUACCCGUGCUCGCCCGUGUCGGAGGCGCGGUAAUCACGGGCAUUAAUGUCCCGACUAGAACCCCGGGCGAGCCGCGCACUGCAAUGGCGUACUGCGAGGACCUGGCCGAGGACGAUGAGAGGGCCGUGGAAAUAUUUCCACCGAAGUCUUCCAGUCAUGGGCGAGUGUUCAAGAACGUCUUCUACGACGAUGACGGCUAUGGGCAUGGGGAAGCGCAUAAGAUCGGUAGAUUUGAGCUGUGCUAUGGCGCUGGACAUGAAAGUGUGACAGUUGGCCUGCAUAUACUGGAGAACAGGGAAGUCAUCGAGCGACUCCCGUGGUGGCGUAAGGGCACGCUUCGUGUGAUCAUGCCGCAGGGCGAUGAUAGGGUUUUGGUCGCCGAGGACGGCAGUCCGCUGGCAGACGAAGGCGCUGGCACGGAUGGAAGACGACGGUGGACGAUGACUCUGUCCUCCAACACGCGAUCACAGAGCCAGCCGCACGACGUACCGCCGAAGUCGAAUGGGACUUCGAACGGCGUACAAUGA